AAAUUCCCCUCCCAACAAAAGUUAAAUGACCAAAUCCUCUAAUUCUAUUCCCUUUCUUUCACCUUUUCCCCCUUUCUAAUCCGUUUUGUCACUAUCCUUAAGCCCUCAGUUGUGCAGCUCUCAGCCCCACCUUCUCUUGUCUCUCUCUCGCUUUGGCCUCAAUUUCAUCCAACAGUAUUCGGUCUUUCUCCCUCUGUCUCCUUUGUUGCUACCUUGUACCACCGCAACCCAAGGAGGAUUGACCUGUUUUUUUUCCUCUUUACAUUUCCUUGCCAUCUGCUGACCAAGUUUUUGGGGUUUUGUUCCAUGGAUAUGCUAAUUAUUCUCUUCCUGCUAACCUCCGCCGCUCUUCCAUUGGCUUCACCAGAUCCAAACGACGAGGCUUGUUUAACCCACGUUAGCCAAACCUUGAAAGACCCUUUGAAGAGCCUGCAAAACUGGACCAAACCCAACUUCGCUAACCCUUGCAACGGUUUCACUUCUUAUCUCCCUGGUGUCACUUGCAACAAUGGUCGAAUCUACAAGCUUUCCCUUACAAACCUCUCUCUCCAAGGCUCUAUCUCACCUUUCCUUUCCAACUGCACUAAUCUUCAGUCACUUGACUUGUCUUCAAAUUCCAUCUCAGGCCCCAUCCCACAAGAAUUGCAGUAUUUACUCAACCUGGCAGUGCUGAACCUUUCAUCGAACCGACUUGAAGGCGUGAUCCCACCGCAGAUUACCUUAUGUGCUUAUUUAAACGUCAUUGAUCUUCAUGACAAUUUACUCACCGGCCAGAUUCCUCAACAAUUAGGCUUUCUAUCACGGUUGUCAGCUUUUGAUGUUUCUUACAACAAGCUUUCGGGGCCAAUACCAGCCUCUUUAGGGAACAGAAGUGGGAAUCGGCCGAGUUUCAAUGUCACUUCUUUUGAAGGCAAUAAGGAUCUUUAUGGAUACCCUUUACCACCCAUGAAAAGCAAAGGGUUGUCAGUUUUGGCCAUUGUUGGGAUCGGGUUAGGAAGUGGGCUUGCUAGUUUGGUGCUUAGUUUUACAGGAGUUUGUAUCUGGUUGAAGAUUAGAGAUGAAAAGAUGGCUGCCGAAGAAGGGAAGAUGAGUCACCCUAUGCCUGAUUAUUAAAAGCUUGAAUCUAAGAUUAAUUACUGAUCUAAAAUGGGGAAAAGAAAAGACUGAAAAUUCCAGGCACUUCCCCUGCUGGUUUCUGCUUAAUUUUGGGUUAUGGAAUUCAACGUUGAAGUCUCUAAUCCAUGGGCGCAACUAAAAGGAGAAACCAUACUGUAAUUGCAUUUUAUUAUUGACAACCCAUGUGACCUUGAUCAUUAACGUUUUAAUCUUUAAAUUUUGGAAAAGUGAUCCCAAACCAUUUUAAAGUGACCCUGAAUAACAUGCUCAGGUGAAUUCGCUAUAACAUCGAUUCUAAUGCAAAUUUAGGGCUUCCGUA